AUGUGUGACAUGGGGGGAUUGGAUAACCUGGUGGCCAACACGGCCUACCUAAAAGCCCAGGGUGGUGAUGACAAGGAAAUGAAAAAGCGCCGUCGCAGCUUGUCUCUUCCCAAGCCUGAGCAAUGUGCUUCAGUACGAGCGUCCAUUGACAAGGACUUUACAUCACUUUGUGAAAGGCAGCCUGUUGGCAAAAAGUUUUUCAGAGAUUUCCUGGCAAAUAAUAGUGAGUUUAAGCUUGCUGCCGAUUUCUUGGAUGAGCUUUAUGAUUGGGAUCUUGCUGAAGGUGCACCAAAAGACAAGGCACGCACGAAUAUCAUCAACAAGUAUUGCAAAGCUGAUUCCAAGAACUUCCUGACCUUUCUUACUGGGGAGCCUUCUGACAAAUGCAAGGCUGUGACAGAUGCCACUUUUGAUGAGGUGAUGAAAGGCAAAGUCCAGGAAGGUGUGAGAGAAUUUCUGAAAGCCAAACCCUUCUCAGAUUACCAGGCCAGCCCAUUCUUUGAUAAAUUUCUCCAGUGGAAAGAGUAUGAGAAGCAGCCCAUCAGUGAUAAGUACUUCUAUGAGUUCAGAACUCUGGGAAAGGGAGGCUUCGGAGAGGUAUGCGCUGUUCAGGUGAAGAACACAGGCCAGAUGUAUGCCUGCAAGAAGCUGUGUAAAAAGCGACUGAAGAAGAAAGGUGGUGAGAAGAUGGCCCUGCUGGAGAAAAAAAUCUUGGAGAAAGUUAACAGCCUGUUUCUGGUCAACUUGGCUUACGCUUAUGACACCAAGACCCACCUGUGCCUUGUUAUGACCCUGAUGAAUGGAGGAGACCUCAAGUACCACAUUUACAACAUUGGCUAUGAUGGCAAGGGUGCAGACCAGGGCAUUGAGAUGAAGCGCAUUAUCCACUACACAGCACAAAUCACCACUGGCAUUCUGCAUCUGCAUGAAAUGGAUAUCGUAUACCGUGACAUGAAGCCAGAGAAUGUGUUGCUGGACAGCCAAGGCCAGUGCCGACUUUCAGAUUUGGGUCUGGCCAUAGAGAUUGUUCCAGGGAAGACUGUCACCCAGAUGGCUGGUACUGGAGCAUACAUGGCCCCAGAGCUCCUGACCAAAACUCCAUACAGGACAUCAGUGGACUGGUGGGCCCUGGGCUGCAGUAUCUAUGAGAUGGUAGCUGGAUAUACGCCUUUCAAAGGCCCUGAGAGCAAGAAGGAGAAGGUGGAGAAGGAGGAGGUACAGCGCCGCAUUCAAAAUGAGGAACCCAAGUGGGAUCACAAGUUCUUUGAUGCUGCCACCAAGGACAUCGUCCAGCAGUUCCUCAAGAAGAAAAUAGAAGAGCGCCUGGGCAUGAAGAACAACAUGGAGGAUCCAAGGAAGCAUGAGUGGUUCAAGACCAUCAAUUUCCCCCGUCUGGAGGCUGGGUUGGUGGACCCUCCAUGGGUACCCAAGCCCAACGUUGUCUAUGCCAGGGACACGGGCGACAUUGCAGAGUUCUCCGAGAUCAAGGGCAUUGAGUUUGACGCCAAGGAUGAUAAAUUCUUCAAGGAGUUUAGCACCGGUGCUGUGUCCAUUCCAUGGCAACAGGAGAUGAUGGACACUGGACUGUUUGAAGAGCUCAAUGAUCCCAACAGGAAAGAGGGAGGAGGAGAUCCUGAUGACGAAAAGAAGUCUGGCACGUGUACAUUGCUGUGA